AUGGAGCCGCUAGUCCUGCUCAACGCCCUGGCCACCCGGCUGCUGUUCGUGCUGCACUCGCUGGUCGGGGUCUGGCGAGUGACCGAGGUGAAGAAAGAGCCACGGUACUGGUUGCUCGCGUUACUCAACCUCCUGCUCUUCCUGGAGACCGUGCUCACUCUGAAGUUCAAGCGCGGCAGAGGCUACAAAUGGUUCUCACCAGCCAUGUUUUUAUAUCUGAUUAGCAUCGUUCCAUCAUUAUGGCUUCUUGAAAUGCAUCAUGAGACCCAGCAUUGCAAUAGCCAAUCUGAAGGAAUGACUCAAAAUACCAGUAGCAGAGAAGACUUCAAUCGAUCUCUGAUGUCAUCAUCUUUCUGAAUGUGUGACAUUUCUGUUAAACAGGCCAGAGUUUUUGUAGGUACCUUAUCUACAGUGUGUGAGAAAGUUUGGACUUUGGGACUCCAUCAAACAUUCCUGUUAAUGCUAAUAAUUGGAAGAUGGCUUCUACCCAUUGGAGGCGGGAUCACUCGGGACCAACUCUCUCAACUUCUGCUUAUGUUUGUGGGAACAGCUGCUGACAUACUGGAAUUCACCAGCGAGACGUUGGAAGAACAAAAUGUGAGGAAUAGCCCUGCACUAGUCUACGCCAUCCUUGUUAUAUGGACUUGGAGCAUGCUGCAGUUUCCACUUGACCUUGCAGUACAGUACGUUGUGUGCCCCUCGUCUGUGAUAGCCAGGGGAUUUACCAGCCUGUUCUUUUGCCAGUACAGUGCUGAUCUGUGGAACAUUGGAAUCAGCGUCUUCAUACAAGAUGGGCCUUUCCUUGUCGUGCGUCUCAUACUAAUGACCUAUUUUAAAGUGGUAAACCAGAUGCUGGUAUUCUUUGCCGUGAAAAAUUUCCUCGUGGUGGUGUUACAACUCUACCGCCUGGUGGUGCUGGCCUUGGCAGUCCGAACUUCCUUGCAAAAGCAGUCAAAAGGCCGGAAAGGAGAGGACAACUGCUCCGUUCAACCAGCCGAGAGUGGCCUCUUACCCAGGGGCUGGGAGAGCAAUUCUAGGGAGGGCUCAGCUAUCCCUUUGCAGACCUUACCAGUCACUUCCGAUGACUGCCCCCCAACUCCAUAG